GGUGUGUAUUCGUCGCAAGCAAUCAAGCUUCCAAUUUCACGCCAUCUACCCGACGAAUUCUACAAAAACAUAUCGUCAAGAUGCCUCAAGCUCAGCCUGAGCUCAAGAAGUACCUCGAUAAGAGACUAUUUGUGCAGUUGAACGGUAGCAGAAAGGUUAUUGGUGUUUUGAGAGGCUACGAUGUUUUCUUAAACAUUGUGCUAGACGAUGCAGUUGAGGAGAAAGAGGGUGGUGAGAAAGUAAAGAUUGGAAUGGUUGUUAUCCGCGGAAACUCAGUCGUUAUGCUCGAGGCAUUGGAGAGAAUAGGUGGAGGAAGGGAAAACCGUGAACAGCAUUAGGGUUAUCAAGGGAUUUGAUUUGUGGGAGAUCUUGAGGAUGAAAGAUGAAUGGGAAAGACAUUGAAGAAUUAUAUCUGGACCAGGGCGUUUACAGGCUAUAUGAAAUACAAAUUGCAUAUGGAGGAACACGGAAGAGGAGAUAAAACAAUCUGUUUGGCAAGAUGAACCAUGAUUUCUAGAGCUGAUGCUCUUUUCA